GAGGAAAGCGCAGACAGAGCUUUGCAGAAGCUGGAUAGUAAACUUGCUAGGAAAUUGUUAACAGUGUGAUCGGGAGCAUGGCCAACAAACAGCAGCCCCCCUUUCUGCAUCUGGCGGAGCUCACGGCUUCACAGUUCCUAGAAAUCUGGAAGCACUUUGACGCGGACGGUAAUGGUUAUAUUGAAGGAAAGGAAUUGGAGAACUUCUUCAGAGAGCUGGAAAAGGCGCGGAGAGGGGCAGGAGUGAAGGAAAUCACAAAUGCCAGUUUUUCAGAAAAAAUGAAAGAAUUUAUGCAAAAAUUUGAUAAGAAUGCAGAUGGAAAAAUUGAGCUAUCAGAGUUGGCUCAGAUUCUGCCCACAGAAGAAAAUUUCCUGCUAUGCUUUAGACAAUUUGUCAGUUCCAGCUCAGAAUUUAUGGCGGCAUGGAGAAGGUAUGACACAGACCGCAGUGGCUACAUUGAGGCAAAUGAACUGAAGGGAUUCUUGUCGGACUUGUUAAAGAGAGCCAACAGGCAUUAUGAUGAUCAGAAGCUCCACGAAUAUACACAGACAAUUCUUAAAAUGUUUGAUACAAAUGGAGAUGGAAAGCUUUGUCUGUCAGAAAUGGCCAGAUUAUUACCUGUCCAAGAAAACUUUUUACUUAAAUUCAAGGAGGUCAAGUUAACUGCAGGACAAUUUAAUGCAAUUUUUACUUUCUAUGAUAAGGAUGGCAAUGGCUACAUUGAUGAGCAAGAACUGGAUGCACUACUUAAAGAUAUGUAUGAGAAGAACAAUAAGAAAGAUCUGGACCACCAGAAUCUUGCAAGCUACCGGGAUUCCAUCAUGGCUCUGUCAGAUGGAGGAAAGCUGUACCGUAAAGAGCUGGAGCUAGUGCUCUGUGGCGAGCCAAUUAUGUAAAUUUCCAGAACCCUCCAUUCCCACAAACAUUCUCAGUGACAUCUGAUAUAUUUAAAAAAAUUAAACUAAAUAAAAUAAAAAAAUAAAACACCAGGUGCAUGAACUGGGCUUUACUGUACCUUCCAUCAUUAAGGAGCAAGUGAGUGCAUCCCUGUGUCACCUGUCACGGCAGCUUGUGUUUUUAAAUUUGAAUAAAUGACAUUAGAAAGAACAGCUAAAAUUUCAUUGCUUGUUUUAAAUUUUGUGUAUUGUAUCUGUUCCAUUUUUCAUUUUAUCUUUGACUAGUUCCAUUUUUUUCCACUAUGCCACACUCAUUUAUUUUUGUUUUUGGCAAAUACUGUUGAUCGAAGAUAUCGUCAGAUAAUACAAUAAAGAUAUCUACGAACAAA